AUGACUCACCUGACCAGCAGCCAAGAAGCAAAGGCACAGAACAGUGUGCAUUCAUUAAUAGUUGUCAUACUGUAGGUGUCACUUUAACCAGGAUCAUGGUCAGAAUAUACAUCUUUCUCGCUAUUUUUUUGCUGUCUUUCGUUUCCCGGAUUGACAACAAAGACAUUUUUGAUGGGCUCUCCAAGUACUCCAUUGUAAACCCUCAGCUGAUUCACAGAUGGACAAGGAGCAUCAACAUAGAGAAACAUGGAGAGAAGAUAUCAUAUGCAGUCAACAUAAACAACAGGAAGCACAUCCUUCGUCUGAAAAAGAACAGAGACUUUUUACACCCAAACUUUGUUCAGUAUUCACGUGACGCCGCCGGUAACUACGAGACAUCAUAUCCAAAAGAGCAUGUGCACUGCUAUUACCACGGAGAGGUGGAGGGAUAUGAGGAUUCAGUGGUGGCGCUCAGCACCUGCUCUGGCCUCAGGGGUGUAAUCCUUCUCGGAAGUGAGACCUACGGACUUGAGCCUGUGCCACAGUCUGCCACCAACGAGCACCUUCUCUACCUACUGAAGGACUCUCAGUCCGGGCCUGUCACCUGUGGGGUCGUCAGCGAGGCCAAAUCGACGGAAAGCCACGAACCCUUCGAGCCUGGCCAAUCGCUAACUUCACUACUGCGGAGGAAGCGCAAUUUACCGCGAACCAGUUAUGUGGAGUUGGUGCUGGUCGUCGAUAAUCUCAGGUAUAAUUUUAAGAAACAAAAUGAGACGGCAGUACGAGAGGAAAUGGUGAACAUGGCUAAUCUACUGGAUGGGUAUUACAAGCAGCUGAAUAUCCGUGUGGUGCUGGUGGGCCUGCAGAUUUUCAAGGAUAGUAAUCCCUUUAGUGUGGCAGGCUCUGCAGGAGAGGUGUUGUCGAAGUUUGUCAAGUGGAGGAAGAGUACUCUGAUACCAAAGCUCAGGCAUGACAUGGGGCAACUCAUUGUCGGUAGGCCCAACUCAUACGAUGGUGGAAUCUUGGGUAUGGCCUUCGUGGGCACGGUCUGCUCUGUAGCGACCUCCGGAGGAAUCAACGUGUUCAGCGGUGACAACCUGGCUUAUGUCUCCACUGUGGUGGCCCAUGAGAUGGGCCACAACCUGGGCAUGAAUCACGAUGACGCGGGCUGCAGCUGCAGUGGAGGCAGCUGCAUCAUGGCACCCUCUGCUAGUGGUGCAACCAAUUUCAGCAGCUGCAGCGGAAGAGCCUUUGAGACGUUGAUUUUACGUGGAGGAGGCCAGUGUCUGAAAAACCAGCCCUCCUCGUCAGACGAGGUUGGUGUGGCUGAAUGUGGCAAUGGCCGCCUGGACAAAGGAGAGCAGUGUGACUGUGGCAAACCAGAGGAAUGCAACAACAGAUGCUGUGAUGCUGCCACCUGCAAACUUACAAGCGGGUCCGCCUGUGCUCAGGGUGACUGCUGCGGCAACUGUCAGAUCCUAGUUUCUGGAACACCAUGCAGGGAGUCUGUCAACACCUGUGAUCUUUCCGAAUACUGCGAUGGCAAGACCGAGUUCUGUCCCAAUGACUACAAUGUCAUGGACGGCCUGCCCUGUCAAGACCGCCAAGCUGCCGCGUACUGCUAUGAGGGCCGAUGUCAGACGUAUGAUUUCCAGUGCAGACAUAUCUUUGCGCCAGAUCCAGCAACAAAGGCAGCAGAUAUUUGUUAUCAGAAUGCAAAUACGCAAGGAGGCAAAUUUGGAAACUGUGGAGUGAACAGCCAAGGAGUUUUUAUGAAAUGUACUGUAGCGAAUUCCAUGUGUGGGAAGUUGCAGUGUGUUAACGUGAACCUCAACUCCCCCCCUACUGGUGCCCAAGUCAGCGUUGAAGUAGUCCAAGGGGAAACGUGUAUUAAUGCACACUUCAACCUCGGCACAGAUGUGCUAGAUCCUGCCUACGUCAACACUGGCAGCCCUUGUGAGAAAGGAAAGACCUGCAUGGACUUUAAGUGUGUGAACGCCUCCGAUCUGCUGCCCAAGUUGAACUGUGAUGCCGAGACGACCUGCAGUGGCCGAGGGGUAUGUAAUGACCAAGGGAACUGCCAUUGUGGAAACGGAUGGGCCCCGCCAAACUGUGAUAAGUCAGGGCGUGGUGGCAGCAUAAACAGUGGUCCUGCUCAGAUAGACUACUCCCUCAGGAACGGCCUGUUGAUCUUCUUCCUCUUGGUGGUUCCUGUUCUGGUCGUUGUCAUUCUGGGAUUGCUCUACUUCUUCAGGAGAGACUCCCUGGACCUGUGCCUGAAAGGAGGCCGCCUCAAGUCACGUAAUGCUGGAAAUGGAAACGUGAACGUGCAGUCAAACGUGAACGGGCAGUCAAACCGCAACGUUCAAAGUGCCGCAACCCAGCCUCCAGCACAGACUCCUUCUGUCGGGCCUGGAUAUCCACCAGCUACCGCCGUUCCAAUUUCUAAUUUCAGGUAUGGAGAAUUGGAUUAUUGGAAUGCAGAGGUAAGCACUGACUCUCCACAAUCAUCAGCUCCCAGGCAGGGCCCCGGAGUACCCAGACCAAUCCCAUCCAGAUAGUCACCGUGUUGAUUCUCUUUUUAUACUGUAAUGUAUUGUGAAUGUAUGGAGUUAAUUACAGAUCAACAGUGUAUGAAGUUUAAAAAACUGUGAUAACCCUUUUAACUUGUUGCCAGCACCUUUUUAUUUUAUGGUUGACUGUAGUUAUGUGGUGGUGGUGGUGGAUGAGGCUGGUACACGUGUAAAUAUUUAUUGGAAUAUGUGUGUUUUGUUAUAUUAUCAGUCAUUGGAAAUACAUGCACAUAAAAUAUUUUUUAAAAUAUCCCCAAACUUUUUGUAUAUUAUGUUACUAUGUAUCAAAAUAUUUUAAAGAUUUCAUGAAUGUAAUCUGAAUAAAGAAAUGUAUCAGUCAA